UCUGCAUCGGGAAUUCAAAGAGCACCUUAUCGCUACCCCUCCCAAAAUGGAUGCAAGGUGCGUAGUUACGAGACGAUCCUUGUGCCGUAUCUUUCCAACAUUAUGAACAGUAACGAUGAUCAAAACAUCAUACUUGCUGGGGAGGCGGCCGCAAGCAUUGAUUCACAUGUCAACAUCAUUGCAGGAGAUGAGGUGUCCUCCACAGCUUCUGACGGGCAACGCCGUAUGCUGCAACGUACGGAAACUGUCGAGUCAGACGAUGGAACCUUUGAGGCAAUUGAAUCCAUCCGACUCGAGGACCCCGAUAUUGGGAUUGAAGAGUACCCUAUCACUUCUGCCAUCGAUGAUGGUAGGAACAAUGAUGCCGUACUCGAGUGGGAGACAGCGGAAAGCAAUGGUUCACGCACCAACCUCAUAGUAGGAGAUGGGGUAGCUCCCACUCCGGACAUAGGAUGUCGUAUGCUACAAUAUUCAGACAUUAUCGACCCGGAUGACGAAACUUCCGAAGCAUCCGAAACCAUUCGACUCGAACACCCGUAUCUAGGAAUCAGAGAGCCGACAUUGAUGGGAAGGAAGAAUGAUGUCAUACUCUCUAGGAAGACAGAGGCAAACAAUGGUUCUCUCCUCAACUUCAUGGCGGGAGAUGCGGUAACACGCAUCACUCCUGAUGUGCGACACUAUUUGCUACAACGGUCAGAGAUCGUCCACUUGGAUGACAAGACUUUCAAGGCAUUCUUACGCGUUGUGGACCCGCGUCUGAGAACCGAAGUGCAUAUCGCUAUCACUCCCAAAAUGGGCACAAGGAACCAGAUCCAAAGUAUCGUGUUAUUUCGUCGACUCAAGGACCCGCGUAUGGAAAUCACAGCAUUCCUCAUCCCUCCAAACAUGCAUACAAGGAGCAGGCAUACGAUUAUGUUGCUCUUUUGGCAAACUGGAGCAAGUAAAAGCUCACUCGUUAACGUCUUAGGGAGAAAGGAGGUAGCGCGCAUAGCUCCUGACACACGACACCGUCUACUGCAGCGCACAGAGACCACCAACUUCGAUGACGAGACCCCUGUCGAAAUCAUUCGACCCGAGAGCCUGCAUCUGGGCAUCAUAGAAUGCCUUAUCGCUCUAAAAAUAGGUACAAGCAGGAAGAAGCACGAACUUAUCAUGCUCUUCUGGCAGAUGGGAGGGGGCAACAGGUCGCUGGCACUCGUUAACCUCAUGACAGGAGAGGCGACAGCAUCCGCACCUGAUAUGCGACGCCGUAUUCGAUAUUCAGAGACUGUUGACUUGGAUUACAAGACUUCUAAGUUGCUCUUACGUCUUGAAAACCCGCGUAUGAGAACCAGAGGAUACCGUAUCCCUCCAAACCUUAGUACAAGGAAGAAGCAGGAAUUUGUCGUGUACUUUUGGCAGACGGGAGUAGGCACAAGAAACUGUCGACUUGGAUUACCGUGACAGGACUUCAAAGGUGCUCUUACGUCUUGAAAACCCGCAUCUGAGAACCAGAGGACACCGUAUCCCUCCAAACAUCAGUGCAAGGUGCGUAUUUUUCAGAU